AUGCAACUCAAAAAGGCUGCUUUCCGUCGAAUAGGUGCUGGGUUCUGCGGCACUGUGUGGGCUCUAGAGCUCAACCAUCCACCUGCGCAAGAGUACGCCUUCAAACGCGAGGAUGGGGGUCCAGGACGGUCCCUCGAAAAGGAGUACGAGAUGCAUAAGCUUGUGCUCCACGCUAUGGAGCUAUAUGAACAAGCCAACAUCUCCCGGCCACUCCAUGUGUCUAUUCCGAGGUGCCACCAAUUUAUGAAACCCGAUGAUAGUUGGUGGUCCGAAAACCUGGAGAGGUUCCCAGAUGGCUACGCUCCGUGCAACACGCUUCGAUCCGACCGCAUUCCACCUGUUGGGCAACAAACGAGGGAGAUCCUCAUUGACAAAUUUUGCCCGGCGCGACUGGUAUCACAAAUCAAGGACAGCGACGCCAACCGGGACUGCCUAAUAAGACCAUAUCUCGGCAGACAUCGUUAUAACUCCAAGAGACCGAAAUCGGGGUUUACGGCUUUCUCACUCCGAAACUUCCCACUGCAUCUUGAUCAGAUGGAGGACCUCGAAAUACCACUCACUGACCUCGUUAUCUAUUCCGAGCUGAUGGCUGAAACUCUAGCCAUACUUCAUUGGUUUGGAAUGAUGGAUGCCAACGAUGUUGAGUUUGUUCUCGCACCACCUCGAAAAAACGGCAAGAAACCAGCAAUAAUAUCCAACAUUCUUGGAGAUCAUGUAAUGUGGAUUUUGGCUUUCGACUGCUGUAAUGAAAUCUCAUUCGAUAUUGAGGGAGUCGAGCAAGCAGUAAGGGCGUUCUUCAAAAAUGACCCAUUCUAUCCGCGACCAACCUCCAGCCCUGGUCUAUGGUCCGCAUUCCGGGUAAAAUACAUACAGACAAGCAGCGAAAUACUGGCGGAGCUUGCUGAUAAGACCCUCCUCGAUCUACCAGUUCGUUUUAUCGACGGAGUUGAAUCCAAAUCGGUAAAAGCUUGA